AUGUCAGGUAUUGAUGUCGAGGCUCUUCUUGAGUCUACAGCCGCUCCUGCCGCGCCCCCCUACCCACCAGAAGAGACCCCAGACAAAAGCCACGAUGAAUCAAACGGCUCUCGAAGUGAACGUCGCGACCGCGACCGCGACCUCGACAGAGAACGCAAGCGCCGAGACAGAAGCCGAGAACGGCGCCAUGAAAGAGAUGCCGAUGGAGACGAGGAAAUGAAAAGCCCAAAGAGCGAUCGCGCAAGUGCUAACGGGAGCAAUAGAAGCAGAAAGAGAAGCAGGAGCCGUGAUAGUGGCAAACGCCACUCCCGUCGUGACCGCGACGACCCAUAUCGAUCGUCCGGCGGAGACUACUAUCGCGGGCCUGGCCGAACAACACGCUCCCGCUCUAGAUCUCCGUACGACGACAGAUACUACAGACCCACCGGCCGCUCCCGCCGGGACGAACGUGACGACGAUAGACGGUCCAGUAAGCGCGAUAGGGAUGGACGCAGACGAAGUCCCAGCUCCAGCAGGCGUCGUAGCAGAUCUCCUGAACCCCAACUUACUGAAGAUGAACGCGAUAGACGAACCGUUUUUGUGCAGCAACUUGCAGCCCGCUUGAGAACGAAAGAGCUCAUUGCCUUCUUCGAGAAAGUUGGCCCCGUCAAGGAAGCUCAGAUUGUCAAGGAUCGCGUGAGCGGGAGAUCGAAAGGCGUCGGUUAUGUCGAAUUCAAGAAUGAAGAAUCGGUCCCACUUGCCAUUCAGCUUACUGGCCAAAAGCUUCUAGGGAUUCCCAUUAUUGCUCAACUAACCGAAGCCGAGAAAAACAGACAGGCCCGCAAUCCCGAGGCCAACGUUAGUGGAAAUCAAAAUUCGAUUCCGUUCCACAGGCUGUAUGUUGGUAACAUCCAUUUCAGCAUCACUGAAAGCGAUUUGCAGAAAGUGUUCGAGCCUUUUGGCGAGCUUGAUUUUGUCCAGCUACAAAAGGAAGAAGGGGGUCGUAGCAGGGGCUAUGGCUUCGUCCAGUUCCGCGACCCAAACCAAGCUCGAGAAGCUUUGGAAAAAAUGAAUGGAUUCGACCUUGCUGGUCGCCCAAUUCGGGUUGGUCUUGGUAAUGAUAAGUUCACCCCUGAAUCGACCGCCAAUUUAUUGCAGCGAUUCCAGGGACAGGGUGCCCAUCAUAACUUUCAGGGUUCGCUAUUCUCUGGCCACGGCGGCCGUGGUGCCCAAGCCGGUGGCUCCGGCCACUUUGAUCGAGCUGGAGGCAGAGACAAUGACAAGGCGGCGGGCGGUGCUAGCGCCCUAGAUGACACCGAUGUUGCCGGUGUGAACUUCAACAAUUAUAGCAGAGAUGCAUUGAUGAGGAAACUUGCGAGAACAGAUGAACCUGCUGUCGAGCCGACCCCAGACGAAAAACGCAAAGUCCCCAAACCGCAAGUAAAUGCUAAGCCGCUUCCCGUGAGCGUGAACAUGGCAAGCAGAUGUGUUUUGCUCAGAAAUAUGUUUGACCCUGCUGAGGAAGAGGGUGAAUCCUGGAUUAAAGAAUUGGAGGACGACGUCCGCGCUGAGUGCGAAGAUAAAUAUGGCCACGUUGUUCACAUUGCACUAGAUCCGAAUACCCAAGGAGAUAUAUAUCUCAAGUUUGACCGAGUCCAAGGCGGCGAGAAUGCCAUCAAGGGUUUGAACGGGCGAUUUUUCGGAGGGAGACAGAUCAGCGCGCAGCCGGUGGUUGACGCGGUUUACAGCAGCCUCUUUACCCGUUCCAAAGCGAUCUGA